AAAACUGCUUAUUUCAUGCAAAACAGUAAUUUCAAUAAGAAAGAGAGAUGUUAAAUCUGAUUUUGAUUAUUCUGACCUCAGACAUUUUGUGUGUCUUGGGGACAAAUUUAAUUCAUGUUCCUUGCAAUGACAAGAUUGUGGAGAAGUUGUCGCGACUGGCUGUCACAUACAUAAAUGAAGACAGACAAACAGGCUACAAAUUUGCCCUUAAUAGAAUCUCAAACGUCCAGGUUCAUCCACAGGAUCUAGCUGGAAAGGUCUAUUAUCUGGAUUUAGACAUCCUUGAGACCAAGUGCCAUGUUCUCAGUCCUAAAUCGUGGAAACAAUGUGAUAUAAGACCUUUCAUGGAAACACAAAUAUCUGGAAACUGCAAUACCACGGUACUGCACACACCUGAUGGCUUCACUUACCUCUACAGCUAUGUCUGCACGCUGGUUCCAGACCCUCCAGAGAAGUUGCAGUUGACCUGUCCAGACUGCCCUCUGCUGCUACAGAUAGACAGUGCAGAAGCCAUCUCAAGCGCUAGAACCACCCUCCUCAAAUACAACAGACAGAGCACAUUUCCUAUUAGCCUCAGAGUGGACACCAUCGCUAGAGCCUCACAUCAGAGUUCCCCUGUUUCCGCAAGUUUUGUGGAGUACACCGUUCAGGAAUGCUCCACCGCUCCAUUCCCAGAGAGUCUGUGUGAGCCAGGACAUGAAGGUAAAGAGCCUGUUGGCUUUUGUGUCGGAGUGGUUAUUGGCACCGAUCACAACCAGCAAGACGUGAAGGUGUCCUGUGAAAUAUUUCGCCCACAGGUGCAUGUUGUGACAUCAAGAAAGCAAGAGGAAAAGUCCAACACACUUUCCAAGUCUCCAGCCAGUGACAUUCAUAUUCCUCACAUCCCUGCACCCUCAUUCCAAAAUGUUGUUCCAGAAACACUUCCGCUAGUUGACUCUGUGUAUCAGGUCGUCGCAACUUUGCCCGAACCAAGCCCAGCAUCAGACCCCACCCUUCCCACCUCCUCCAGUGAAUCCAGUGAGUCUGUAGAGGCUGGAUCAGACUCAUCCGAGGAAAUAAAAGGUUCUGUUCGUGUUGCUAAACCUCCACUGAACUUCCGUUAUGUGCCACGCCGUCAGAAGAGGAAGACGUCCACAGGCACCACAGCCCCUUAUACGCCCAUGUUCUUGAGCACCUUCCCCAGUGUCCUCUCUCCUUUCCACUCCUGUCCAGGAGUCUCGCGCUACACCACUGUAUAAAGAUGCUUUACAAGCACACUAUCUUCAAAUCAAUGAAAUAUGUAAAAGAAAAUCUAAUAUAUAAGUUCUCUUAACAAAGCUUCUCAAAAUCAAAAAAAUUAAUUCAUUAUUCUAUCUUUGCAUGACACUAUAAAUCUCUUGUGUCCUAAUGGCAUAUUACUGAUAUGAUACUGAAGUCAGAAUUUUUAGUAAUUUAACUUAAUAAUAAUAAUUAUUAUUAUUAUUCUAUCAGGAAGACUUGCAGACUUGAAUUUAGUUUAAGAUGACAUUUAUUUGAUGAAUAUGAAACAGGAAUGUAAUGUCUCUCUUUCGUGUAUGCCCCGUCUGGCAGUCUAAAGAAGUUGUACUCGGAACCAUCAGAUCCUACCUAAGAUAGGAGGCAGGGGCGAGGAGUCUACCCCCGUGCAGGAUGGGACACUGAUGGCAGUGGGGUGGUGGAAGUUGCCAUGUUGGCACACUGAAACAGCAAUGUGAUAGAUUGUAAGCAGACUUAUAAGGUGAUGGCUGACGCAUGAUUGGCUAGGAGUUACCUAGCUAAUGGUGCGAUGAUGUACAGCUGCGAGUCUUCCUGCUAGAACUACGCUGUGCUUACAUUUAUUAUUAUAACAAUAAUACUAAAACUAAUUUUAUAAAAUGUUUAUCAGAAUAUCUGCCACGUGCAUGUCUCCAUUCAUCACAUGUACAUUUAAUAGGUUAUAUAGAAUUAAAAUAAAAUAAUUCAACCUUUCA